GCCCCCCCACCCGCCGUUCUGACUGGCAGACGGUGGCUCACUGACCAGACUGAGACUCAAAAUUCCGACGGAGGAGCCGUCGUCGAUGGAGUCAACGCCGGUUCGGAUACGUUCUCCGGCGGCGGCGGAGACGAUUGGCGGAGCGCGAGUUACAAGGCGGAGAUUCUGGGACACCCGAUGUACGAGCAGCUUCUGGCGGCGCACGUGGCGUGCCUGAGGAUCGCGACUCCGGUGGACCAGCUGCAGAGGAUCGACGCCCAGCUCGGACAGUCUGACGCCGUCGCGGCCAAGUACUCCGGUCUCUGCAAGUCCCGUGGUGUGUGUCUGGAGAACAAGGAGCUGGAUCACUUCAUGACGCAUUAUGUCUUGCUGUUAUGUUCGUUCAAAGAACAACUUCAGCACCAUGUCCGUGUCCAUGCAAUGGAAGCCGUCAUGGCGUGUUGGGAAAUCGAGCAAUCUCUUCAAAGCCUCACUGGUUUAGGAGCUUCUGCUGGUGAAAGUAAUGGCACGACAAUGUCAGAUGAUGAAGACGAUGAUCAGGUAGAGAGCGAAGUAAACCCGUAUGAUGUAAAUUCGGACAGCCCGGAUUGCUUGACGGGGUUCGGUCCUCUUGUUCCAACCGAGCGCGAAAGAUCCUUGAUGGAACGUGUGAGGCAAGAACUGAAACAUGAACUUAAACAGGGAUUCAAAGAGAAGAUCGUAGACAUAAGAGAAGAGAUUUUGAGGAAGAGAAGAGCGGGAAAGCUCCCGGGAGAUACAACGUCCGUACUCAAGGCAUGGUGGCAAGCUCACUCCAAAUGGCCAUACCCGACUGAGGAAGACAAGGCAAAACUGGUUCAAGAAACCGGUCUGCAGUUGAAACAGAUCAACAACUGGUUCAUCAAUCAGAGGAAGAGGAACUGGCACAGCAACUCGCCCUCUUCUUCUGCUCUCUCCAAGAACAAACGCAGAAAGUAAACAAGAAAGUGUUCACUAUACAAUCCUUAUAGUUUCUGUUCGGUUUCGGAUAAACCGGUUCAAGGUAUGUUCUCUCUUAACCGAAUUCGGAACCGUAAGUUGCAGAUGAAAUCCGGCGAAGGACGUGGAUGCUCUCUGGAAUGUGAUUAUACCAAUACAAUUUUAAACCCGGUUGUGUAGAGUUGCAUCAUAUAAACCGGGCUGUGGAACAUGUAGAUUGCUUGCUGUACCGGCCUUAACCGAUCUUUAUACAUAUAUAUAUAUAUACAUAUAUAUAUAUAUAUAUAUAUAUAUAUAUAUAUUAAUAGCAUAGUUCUGGGGUUUGCUCAGUGUUUUACAUAUAUGUACCGAUCUGUAUAUAUAUCGUCGAUUAUAUGUAUUUCUAUAGAAUAGGAAAGCGAAUCCUGUUUUCUGUUAACCGGUCUUCGAAGUUUUGUA